AUGGCUCCGCUGAAGGCGUUUCAGGCCCCGUAUCCGGACACUAGGCACUCACCUGGUAUCCCAGAUGCCGGCCCGGGCAACGGAACGACGCCUCCGGCCACAACCACGGCCCCGCCGCCCCCAGCAACGGACCCGGUGGCGGUGGCACGGAUUUGCGCCAACGCGGUCGCGACAGCCGACCUGGACUGCGAGAACUCGAUAUUGUGGGCCGUCAACACGACCGCGACCGCGUCCUGCCACAAGUGCGUCGCGCCAGGCACCGAGGCGUGCCCCGCGGGCCACGGAGGCACCGACUGCUCCCAGUGCAGGAACGCCAACGCCUGUCCGCCGCUGCACCUCGAGAACGGCACGACGCUGGCCGCGGUGGGGUGCUCCUCCCACACGAUCGCGCCGUCCCAGGAGGAGCUGUGGGGCAUACCAGGCGCGAUUCUCCCAGGGCGCGGCCUCGCGAGCGGUCCUCGGAGGCCGUACAAGGACCUGACGUGCAGGUGCGGCGGCGUGCCAAGCGACGAGUCCACCGCGUACGUCUGCGGCAUGUCUACGGGCGACCUGGGCGAGGAGUUCAACUGGCAGUUCAAGGUCCACCCGCGCGGCGAGCAGGACCCCGGCGAGGUCGACAUCUGGGUCCGUGCGCGCGCGCCCAUGCCGUCGCAGGACGCCGAGCCCGACUGCACGGACGAGGAGCGGGAGCAGGGGACGUGCCCGACGCGCGAGAGGUAUCGCUUUGCGUACCCGCAGUGGUGGGAGGGCAACCUGACGCGCUGCGCGUGGGGCGCGGCUGCUUGUACAGGGCAGCUCGAGCACGCGGACGCGUCCGGGGCCGGGUGCAUCCUCUACCAGUGCGCGGAGAGCUCGAUCCAGUGUCCCGCGGGCGGCGUCGAGCGCUGCCCCGGCUUCCGCACCGUCCCGCCAUACUGCGACAACCCCGCGGGCGAGGCGGACAAGUACUGGCAGCGCAACUGCAACCCCAUCCUGCUGCCGCAGUCGGGCCUGCCCGCCAACCUGCAGUGCCUGGCCACGCCCGCCCCGGGGGGGCGUUUCCAGUGCUACUUCGACCAGGAGGGGGGGUAUUUGGCGUCGCUGGGGCUGCAGUGCAGCACGGGCGCGUGCCUGUACGACGGGGGCGGGCCGACGCCGACGCCCGGCCCCGGGGGUGCGGGCAGGGCCAGUUUCGGCGAGGGCGCGUGUCUGGCGGUGCUGGGAGGGCUCAUGUUGGCCCUGCUGGUCGUCGCGCACGGCCUGGUGCGCCGGGACGCUGCGCGGUCGCGGGCGCUGUGCCGCGCCGCUCUCGGGGACGACGUCGACGACGACGGGCCGGCGCAGCCGCAGCGGGUGUCGCAGGACGAGCAUGGCGCGUCGGCAAGCGAGGAGGCCGCUCGCAGGGCGGGGUACGCGCCCGUGACGUCGGACGGGCUGGGCCGGGUACGGCCCGGGCGCCAAGCAGGACGCAGCUCCGCGCACGUGCGCUGGGGCGCGGUGCUCACCUGGACGGACGUGACCUACCACGUGUUUGACGCAGCGGGCCGGGCGCGCGCAGUCCUGCGUGGCGUUACGGGCGUCGCGGGCCCCGAGGCACUGACCGCCCCGCUCGCCGACGGCAGGGCGGGCCCCACCGCGGUCGAAGCCGCCGGCCGCCGCGGCUGCCUGCUCGCCGUAAUGGGCCCGUCGGGCGCAGGCAAGACCUCCCUACUCGACGUGCUCGCUGGGCGGCGGCCCGAGUGCUGCGUGGGGGGCGAGAUCACCGUCAACGGGCGGGUGGCGUCGCCGUCGGCGCUGCGGCGCGUCACCGGGUACGUCCUGCAGGACGACGUCCUGCACGGGACGUCGACGGCGUUCGAGUUUCUUAUGUUCCACGCGGAGCUGCGGCUGCCGGGGAAGAGCCGCGAGGAGCGCGUCGGGCGCGUGCUCGGCGUGCUGUCGGAGCUGGGGCUGACUCGCGUGGCGCACAGCGUCGUCGGCGACGAGCUCGUCCGCGGCCUCUCUGGCGGCGAGCGCCGCAGGCUCUCCAUCGCCGCCGAGCUGCUGGCGUCGCCGGGGCUGCUCCUGCUGGACGAGCCCACGUCGGGGCUGGACUCCACGAACGCCGCGCGCGUGGUGCGGCUCGCGGCGUGGCUCGCGCGGCGGGGGACGACGAUCGUGAUGUCGAUCCACCAGCCGCGGCCGGACCUGCUGCGGCUGAUGGACCGGCUGGUGCUGCUGUCGUCGCGCGGGCAGUGCGUGUACUCGGGCUCGAUGGACCGCGCGUCCGCCAUCCUCGAAGCCGCGGGGCGCCCCGCGCCCGACGCAGGCGUCAACAUUGCCGACCACCUGCUGGACCUGAUGAUCGAGCUCCCGGAGGCGGAGGUGGACGCAAUGGUGGCGACCUUCGAGCAGUCGGACGCGCACGCGGAGAACAUGCGCGUGGCGCUGGCGCUAGAGCACGAACCGCUUGGGGUGCCGCACCCACGCAAGAGAGCCCCGCUCUCCGCACAGCUGCGCGCGCUGUGCGUCCGGAACCUCCGCGCGACGUACCGGCAUCCGUUCGCCGUCAAGGUCAACCUCGUGGCCACCGCGGCGAUGGCGCUCGCGCUCGCGCUGGCCUUCUGGGGCACUGGGACAGACACCGCGGGCAUCCAGAACCGGUUCGGGGUGCUGUACUUCAUCCUGCUGUUCCUGUCGCUCAUGUCGAUGUCCGCGCUGCCCAUCUGGCGCGCGUCGAAGACGCUCAUGCUCAAGGAGUCCUCCGGAGGGGUGUACUCGCCGUUUGCGUGGGUGGCGGCAGCGCUGGCGUCGGACGUGCUCCCGAUGCGGCUCCUGCCCCCCGUGCUCUUCGCCGUCGUGUCGUACCUCCCGAUCGGCCUCCAUCCGGGCUCCGCAGGCGCGCUGCUGACCUUCACCGCCUCGCUGGUGCUCUCCAGCGGCGCGGCGUCGUCGCUGGCGAUGGCCGUGGGCGCGGCCGCGGACUCGGGCGCCGUGGCCAACCUCGUCGGAUCCCUCAUCGUCAUGUCCUUCCUCCUCUUCGGCGGCUUCCUCCUCAACCGCGACCUCGUCCCAGACAGUCUGCGCUGGGUGGCAACAGCGUCCUACUUCACGUACGCCUACGAGGCCCUCGCGGCGAACGAGUUCCACGGCUCGCCGCUCGACUUCACCUUCACGACGCCGCUCAACUCCACGCGCCUCCCGCCGCUGCGCGUGUCCGGCGACGGCGUGCUGCAAGAGUUUGGGUUUGAUGCGCGGCGCAUCCCCACGGACUUGGUGGCGCUGGUCGCGCUGUCCGUCGGCAUGAUCGCACUCGCGCUCCUGAUCCUCGCCGUGCGUGCCGCGGCCGCGGGGCAGCGCGUCGCGAACUGGCUGCACCCGGAGCAGGCUGCGCUGGCGCUGGGGCGCGACGUGCAUGGGCUGACGUGGACGGCGGCGGGCGCGGCGCAGGGCGAGCCGCCGGGCGCGGAGGAGGUCGUGGAGUCUGCGGACGACGUGCGGCACGCGGCGGGCGACGUCGCGCGGGGCACACAUCCGUGGUCGCAUCACAUCCGCCGUCACGCUUCGGAGCACGGCGCGGCAUCCGCGCUGCGGCUCGUCGCGUCGUACCUGCAUCGCGGCGUCGCGGCGAUCAUCAAGUCGCCCUCGGCGCUGGUGCGCGCGGUGGCGAUGUCGGCGCAGGACCGCGACCCCACACGCCCCGCGGGAGUCCCCCCCCAUGACGCGGGGCUGUACCAGCAGCUCAUCGCGCCCGACGAGCGCGACAGCGACCCCACGGAGGACGGCGACGUCGACACGGACGGCGAGGAGCCCGCGGCACCGCCGCGCCGGCGCACCUCGGACGUCGAGGAGAGCCACUCGGAGGUGUCGCUGCAGCACGGCAUCAACGGGGCGCGGGCCGCGCCGGCCCGGCCGCAGGACGACGAGGGCGGGGCGGGGGCCUCGGGCGCCGACGUGGCGAUCGACUUGGAGCCCGGGCGGGCGGCGGCGCAGCGUGAGAUCGUGCCGGCGACGCGGGAGGAGUUGGCAGCGCGGGAGCGGGGCGCAGCGGCGGAGCGAGCGAGCGAGGGCGGCGACAGCGCUGCGCGGCUGUCUUGGGAGGGCAUCGAGUACCGCGUGCCGCUGCCUGGCGGGGGAGGGACGCGGCUGGUGCUGCGUGGGCUCACGGGGUGGGCCGGCCCGCCUGUGGGAGGGGGCUGCGGGAAGCGGGGGUGCCUGGCGGCGAUCCUGGGGCCGUCCGGCGCGGGAAAGACGUCGCUGCUCGACAUCCUGGCCGGACGCAAGGAUCCUGCGCGCGUGCGGGGCGUGGUGCGGCUGGGCGGCUACGUGGCACCGCCCGCAGCCCUGGCGCGGCGCAUGGGCUACGUGCCGCAGAGCGACGUGCUGCCGGCGACCGCGACGGUGCUGGAGCACCUCGUCUUCCACGCGGAGCUGCGGCUGCCG